AUGCUUCUAAGUCGUCGAAGCUUGGCUACUCAUACAGAAGAAGACCCUGACGAGAAGCUUGUCGAGAAACUCGAACAUCUGCAGUCGGUGCAGCUGCAUCUUAAAGUUGCUCGACUCAGAACGAAUCAAAUCAUCGAGAAGGAGAGGCAGAACGCUUCCAAAAAGAAGAUCAACUUUAGACAGAACUUCAAAACAAUUGGGCGUAUCUUGAAGCUUGGACGCCCUGACUUGCGUCUAUUUUUGUAUGCUCUAGGUUUUAUUCUCUUCGCUGUUCUUUACCCUACAACGUCGGUGAAACUUGUGGGUGCUGCUAUUGAUGCAUUCAACGAUCGAAUCACAGACGAAGAUGGUGAUUUGUUGAUUUGGGGUUAUAAGUACUCGACAGUAUUUGCCGUGAUGGUGCCAUUUAUGUGUGUGAGUGCAGCCUGUUUCUGGGCCCGAAUCUGGGUCUUGAAACUUCUCGGUGAGCGUUUAGUGGCUCGUCUCAGACUUCGGGUGAUGAAAAAUUUACUCAGACACGAUUCGGCUUUCUUUGAUAAUGAAAAACACAAGGCUGGUGACUUGAUCUCGAGACUUUCAAGUGAUGCGUAUGUGGUGUCUAGAUCCAUCACAGGCAACUUGCCGGACGGAUUGAAGAAUGUUCUUUUCGGUUUGAUUAGUUCCUAUAUGAUGUUCUCGAUCAAUCCACUCUUGUUCGGAGUUAUGAUGUUGAUCUCUCCUCCGAUCACCUUUGGUUCUGUCUGGUACGGAGAGAAGAUCAGAUCCUUGUCCACAAGAUUGCAGAAUGCCACUGCUGGCUUGACAAAAGUCAGCGAGGAAACAUUAAAUUCUGUCAAACUCAUCCAGGCAUUUACUGGAGAGCAAAAGGAGCUCACUAAGUAUUCCAAUCAACUCAGAAACGUCAUUGGAGUGGCUAAACGUGAAGCCUUGGCUCAGUCGAACUAUUCGGUGUCAAUUUACUCUUUAUACCACUCUGGAUACUUGUCAUGUAUUGCUUUGGGUGUUUAUUUGAUUCUCAAGGGCCAGAUGACCACAGGUGAUGUGGUUGCAUUUACGAUGUACUCCGAAUUGUUCAAUCUGGCCUUGUAUAGCCUCACCACCACAUAUAUGGAGCUUAUGAAAGGUUCUGGUGCCGGAAUCAAGCUUUUUGAUUUGAUUGACUAUGAGGACAAAGUUCCUCCUGUUAAAGGACAGAAAGUUCCAGCACAGUUGGGCAACGACAUAGAAUUUCGCAAUGUGGUCUUUAGCUACCCAACACGGCCCAACGAUUUGAUUUUUAAUGGUUGUUCCUUCACUGUGCCAGCAGGUUCCAGUACGUGUUUUGUUGCACCAUCUGGGUGUGGUAAGUCCACCAUUGCAACGUUGCUUCUAAGAUCGUACAAUCUUAACAGUGGAGAGAUCCUUAUUGGAGGAAAGAAUAUAAACGAUUUCCAGGUCCGCGAACUUAGAAGACAUGUCAUUGGUAUUGUUCAGCAAGAGCCAGUGCUAUUAUCUGGUACCAUUUUGGAGAACAUAGUUUAUGGAUUGACUCCGCACCAGAUCAGCAAGUUGACCAUGCUGGACAUCAUUGCCGUAAGUCGCGAAGCAAACUGUCACGAUUUCAUCGAGUCAUUCCCAGAUGGAUACGACACAAUUAUUGGAUCUCGUGGUGCCUCGUUAUCUGGAGGACAGAAACAGAGAGUUGCAAUUGCAAGAGCCUUGAUCAAAAAGCCAUCUAUUUUGAUUCUCGAUGAGGCCACUUCUGCACUCGACUCCAAACUGGAAAGUCUUAUCAAUGAAACUUUGAAGGAAUUGACUUUGAGCGGUAAGAUGACCAUCAUAUCCAUUGCGCAUCGACUCUCCACAAUCUCCAAAUCAGAGAACGUGAUUGUCUUGGGUAAGAAAGGUAAAGUUGUGGAGCAAGGCAGAUUUGUGCAAUUAUUCAGUGAUGCCAACUCCGAGCUUUCAAAGCUUUUAGACGAAAGCACCUUCAAGGAGGUUGAAGAGCAUAUUUCCGAAGACGAAGUAGAAAAGCAGGACCAGCUUGAUCACGAGGCUGAGGAGAUUGAGAAACGACAGAAGGAGGGAGGCAGUGAGUUGGAGAUCAUCCGGUCAUUGAUUGAUGACUUGCCUUACGAGGUCAGAGCCGAACUUAUUGGGCAGUUCUCUAAGGAAUUGGAAGACGAAAAACGAACAAUAAUGGAGGAGACCAACGCGCCAGACUCCAACAAGGUUUCUUGA